AUGUUAGACGAAAAGAGCAUCCAAGUUAGCCCCGAGAACAAGCAAUGUCGGGGGUAUGAAAAUUUCGGUGUAUUAUCAGGAGUCUCUCGUUGCGAAGACAAUGGGGAUCGAUCCCCUUCUCUAGAAAGAUCAUACGAAUUGGACCGGAUACGAGGCUGCGUUGGAUUCGAUGAUGAACGCCGCGAAUGCACAGUAGCCCCUAAAGAGAAGCCCUGCUACCGUUGCAGUGGUGUUGGCCAUAUCUCCAGAGAUUGUCCUCAGGCACCCUCGGGAGAUGGCUACAGUGGUGCUACCGGUGGUCAGGAAUGUUAUAAGUGCGGCCACGUGGGCCACAUUGCAAGGAACUGUUCUCAAGGUGGAUAUAGUGGGGAUGGAUAUGGUGGCCGUCAACACACUUGCUACUCUUGCGGUGGUCAUGGUCACAUGGCUCGUGAUUGCACCCACGGUCAGAAGUGUUACAACUGUGGAGAGGUUGGACAUGUCUCGCGGGAUUGUCCCUCUGAAGCCAGGGGUGAACGGGUUUGCUAUAAAUGCAAGCAGCCAGGCCACGUUCAAGCUGCCUGUCCUAAUUAG